CUUGUCCCGUAGGUGCCGCCUAUAUAAACGCUACCGCGCCGGCGAGGCCAAGGGCCACACCCAGGAGAAGGCUGGGCAGGUGAUGGGCGCGGCCAAGGACAUGGCGUACGAGGCCAAGGACCGGGCGGCGGGCAUGGCCGGGCACGCGUCCAGGCAGGGGCAGGGAACCACGGAGGCCACCAAGCACAAGGCCGGCGAGGCCACCGACAAGGCGUCUCAGACGGCGCAGGCGGCCAAGGACAAGGCUGCCAGCACGGCGCAGGCCGCCAAGGACCGCACCGUCGAGAGCAAGGACCAGACCGGCAGCUUCCUCGGCGAGAAGACGGAGAUGGCAAAGCAGAAGGCGGCGGAGACCGCCGAGGCGGCCAGGCAGAAGGCGGCGGAGACCGCCGAGGCGGCCAGGCAGAAGGCGGCGGGGGCGGCGCAGUACACGCAGGACAGGACCUACGACGCGGCGCAGUACGCCAAGGAGUCCGCCGUCGCCGGCAAGGACAAGACCGGCAGCGUGCUCCAGCAGGCCUGCGAGACGGUGGUGAACGCCGUGGUGGGAGCCAAGGACGCCGUGGCCAACACGCUGGACAUGGGCGGCGACAACAACACCAACGCCACCAAGGACACCACCACCGAGAAGAUCACCAGGGAUCACUAGAUGCAUGCGCUCGCGCUUAAUUUGCUUUCGUUUCCUUCUCUUGAUACACAUUUUUCGUUCGACUUUCAUGAUUUCCGGACGCACAUCUUGUUGUAAAACUGUGCUGCUCAGUGCCUGGCCUCUUGGGUCCGUAUGAAUGUCUGACGGGAGAUGUAUCUUUGUGUUCGUCAGACUUCUCUUUUCAAGUUCUAUUAUGCUGUAAUCAUAAUACUAAUAAAGAUCUACUACUUUGUUCCGAUGAA